UUUUACAAAAAAGUUUGACUUCAUAUGGUUCAUAUAAUUAUAUUUUUGAAUUUAUAAACUUUUUAAAAUAAAACCUUAAUUUAAAAUGUCUUCAACGAUAGACCAGAAGGCAUACUUACAAAAGUAUUUAACUGGAACAACUGCUAUCAAAAAAAAGAAGAAGAAAAAAGUCGUGAAAGGACAAGGAUUCAAGAUAAUAGACGAUGACAUAGAUUUGACCAAAUUACGAGCACUAGAAGGUGAUGAACUGGAUAUUCUGGAUGAUGGAGAAGAUGCGCCGCAAAUUGCUGGCAUCAUUGAUGAGAGGCCAGAAGAAAUUAAAAAGAUGGAACAAUUUAAAACUACCUCAAAAUGGCGAGUUAUCAAUCAGGAUGAUGGAUUCAACAGUAAAUUGCAAAUUGAAGAAAUCAAAAAAGAUGUCAAAGAAAUUGAAAAAGAAAAUGAGUUAAUAUUCGGUAAAAUGUACAGCGAUUCCGAGGAUGAAAAGAAAACUGACUCUGACCUUUCACCACCACGAAAAGGUGCCAAAGAAAUUGAAAAGAAUUCAAAAAGACGGAAUAGUGACAGUGAUUUUAGUCCACCAAGAAAAAGAAAUACAGAAACACCACCAAAGAGAACAAAAUCGAAUGAUAAAAAUUACGAUUCAGAUUUUUCACCUCCAAGGCGAAAAGAAAGUCAAAUAUCAAGGGAGAAAUCUAGAAAACAAAGUCGAUGGGAGAAAAUAGAUGAUACUAACAAUAGGAAUAGAUCUCCGAGAACUGAAAAAAUGGAUAAAAAACAAAAAUCUGACAAACAAUCAAAACAAAAUAAGCACUCAAAAAGAUCUAGCAGUUCUGAUUUAUCACCACCGAGAAAAUCUCAAAAAACUAGAAAUGGUACUGACAAAUCACCUCGGAAAUCCAGAAGAGAUUCACCAAAUAAAAUCAGAAAUUGUAGUCCAGAUUCCGAUCUAUCUCCACCUAGAAAAAGAAGAGAAUCAAGAGAGAGAUAUGAUAAAAAAUAUACAGAGAGAUAUGAAUCUUCCAAAGAUAGUUAUCAAAAAGAUAAACGGAAAAGGAAACAUGACAGUGACUCUGACAUGUCUCCUCCGAGAAGAGAUAGAGAAAAGACUUAUAAGAGAAAUAAUGACAGUCCUCCUCCAUCUAAUAAAAAAAUGGCAAGAACUUUAGAAGGAAAACAAGCGGGACUUCAAGAUGCUAUACAACUAAGGCAAGAGAGUGAGAUGUUUAGGAAGAAAGAAGAGGAAGCAUUCAGUAAAAUGACCGAUGAUGUUUCUGGAAGAAAUGCCAAAGCAGUUUCAAGGAAAGGUAAAAGGGAGACAUCAGAAGACAGACAGAAACAGAAAGAAAAAGCCGAGAGACAAAAAGAGUUGGAUGAAAAAUAUAAAAGAUGGAAUAAAGGAAUAAAACAAGUAGAAGCCCAAGAGGCUAAGAUACAAGAAUAUAUGCACGAAGCAUCAAAACCUUUAGCAAGACAUAGAGAUGACAGAGAUCUGGAAGAUACACUAAAAGGAGUUGAAAGAGAUGGAGAUCCGAUGCUGAGGUAUAUCAAAGAGAAGAAAGUAGAGAGAGGAGAGUUGCCACCUGAGAAACCUAAAUACAAGGGCAAUUUUCCACCGAAUAGAUUUAACAUAAGACCCGGCUAUCGUUGGGACGGUGUUGACAGAUCAAAUGGUUAUGAAAAGAAAUACUUUGACCAACAAAGCAAGAGGAAAGCUCAACAAGAAGAAGCAUAUAAAUGGAGUACAGAAGAUUUGUAAAUAUAUACAUAAAGUAUUUUUUAUUAAAUCAAUAAUUUGGUAAAAAAAAAUUUAACAAUUU